UCUUCAGGGGAUUAUUUUGCUACCCCUCCGUACCAUAUGCAUUGCAUUCAUUUUACUGCUAGCAUGGCUGUUUGCAUCAAUUGCAACUUUCCGUCACGAAGGAAAAGGAUCUGUGCCGCUUAAAGGAUGGAGAAGGAGGAUGAUCCAGACAACCCUCUCACGCCUAACUCGUACCUUGUUCUUCGUAAUGGGUUUCCAAGUUAAAGUAAAAGGGAAAAUAGCAAGUCUACUGGAAGCCCCGAUCUUUGUUGCAGCUCCUCAUUCAAGCUUUUUUGAUGCCAUUAUUUCUGCCCUAACUGGAAUGCCAUCAGUAGUGUCUAGAGCAGAGAACCUGUCAACUCCGAUAUUUGGCACAAUUUUAAGUUCCCUUCAGCCGGUAUCAGUUUCUCGUCAAGACCCUGAUUCACGAAAGAAUACAGUCACUGAGAUAACUAAGCGGGCAUUAUCAAGAGGCCAGUGGCCACAGAUACUGAUUUUCCCAGAAGGCACCUGCACAAACCGAUCUUGCCUGAUCACAUUUAAACAAGGUGCCUUUGUUCCACGAGUCCCUGUACAACCCGUGCUGCUCCGAUACCCCAACAAGCUGGAUACUGUGACAUGGACAUGGCAGGGAUAUUCACUAAAAGAGCUAUGCAUAAUGACGCUGUGUCAGCUCUUCACAAGAGUAGAAGUUGAGUUUCUGCCUGUUCAUGUUCCUACUGAGGAAGAAAAGAAUGAUCCCAUUCUUUUUGCCAACAGAGUCCGGCAAACCAUGGCAACUGCUUUGAAUCUACCAGUCACUGAUCACACUUUAAAAAAAAAAAAAUUAGCAAGAAACUCAAGUAAGGGAAGUUUAGCUGUCAAUCUGCUGUAUAGAAAUAUCUCCUCUCCCUCAUGUUUGCAUAGCCUAAAAUGGAAUCAUGUCAGAGAGCAGCUGGAUACCUUUGCUGCUAUUGCAAGUGCUUCCAAAGGAGGAAGAAUUGGAAUUGAGGAGUUUGCGGAGUACUUGAAGCUGCCUAUUUCAGAUGUCCUCAAAGAGCUGUUUCUACUCUUUGACAGGAAUGGAGAUGGCACCAUCGACUUCAGAGAGUAUGUAAUUGGUUUGUCUAUUCUUUGUAACCCUGCCAACACAGAAGAGACUAUUCGGAUGGCAUUUAAGCUCUUUGACAUGGAUGAGGAUGGCACUAUAACGGAAGAUGAGUUUGCUUGUAUCAUUCAGUCAGCUCUGGGGGUGCCUGAGCUUGAUGUUUCUAUGCUCUUUAAAGAAAUAGAUGCAGAUGAAACUGGGAAGCUGUCCUAUGAUGAGUUCAAGAACUUUGCACUCAAGCAUCCAGAAUAUGCCAAGCUGUUUACUACAUACCUAGAUCUACAGAGAUACCAGUCAGAUAUGUUGGAGGAGGAUGACAUUGAGACACCUGAAGUCAAACACAGUCCAGUUAAAAAGAGUGCAAUCCCAGUCUCAGCAACAACACCGACUGCAAGAAAUAAAGUUUGUCCUGAAGGCAAUGAAGAGAAUAACUCAAGUACCUCUGACAAAAAGGAUGACUGAGAAGAGUUAAAGAAUUCAGCUCUUGAAUUCUACAGGAUGUUUUUUCGUAGCUAUUUGUAAGCACAAUUGAUACAAAAUAGAGAUGGAAGUUACAACUAAAAAAAAAAAAAAAAAAGGUUGUUUUUUUUUUACUUUCAUACCAGGAGGAGUUAUUCCUGUUGAGUGUAAGGGAAAAAUCACUGUAACUAUUCUGUCCUUGAUGUCAGUAUCACAAUACUGGGAAUGUUGGUCACUGUCUUCCAAGUUCAUGUUUCCACAAAAGUGACAGCUGUGCAAAGAAGGGUAAGAGGCUCCGGCGCUGCAGUGACCUCUCAGAAAGGAGACUGAGGAGUCCACUUGUGUUAAAACAAGUGGAAUUUUUGGUGCUGCUCAAUUCCUUUGCAUCCCCAACAUGUCUUAAGGGGAAAAAAUGAUGCUAGUGUUUUAAUUUGCAAUAUCCCUUAACCUUUCUCAAGUUUCUGAGACAGAAAUGAGUUACAAGAAGCUGAGAACUGAAGCUGAUGUUUUCUUUUAGCUGCCCUUAACUACUUGUGAACUCUAAAGCCUAAGCUUCUGAACAAGACAAGCCUAUUCACUGAUGUUAACAGGAACAGCUUUUGGCUUAAAGGCUAGUUAAAGGUGGAAAUGGCUGCACUUCUAACAACAAAAAGCUCAUUGGAUUUCCAAGAUAGCAGCCCACAGUCUACAGGAAAAUGCAGACAAUAAGACCCAAGAAUUAAUGGACUAUUUCAAAAUAAAUAGAAUGUUGUUUACAGUAACAACUGUUCAGGAUCGCAUUAACAGGAAUAUUUCAAACUUCAGCAUGUUUUUAUUCUAGUAAUUAUCAACAGAGGAAUGUGACCUCGCUCUGCAAAACUUAAAAAGGCAAAUAUGCUGUCAAGCCAUAGUUCUAGUAGUUAGUAUCUACUCUGAAGUUGUCUCCUAGAAACCAUGUUUGCAUUACUAUGCCAUUACUCAAUAUGUUCUUAGAGUUUGAUUCAAAACCAAGCUCUUUCUAGUCAAUGAUUUGAGUAUGUUUUGCCUCAGUCCCCUCUAGUGCACUGGAAGUUGGGCCUUUACCUUUUUCCGUCCUUCACCUUAAUGCACUUUAUACAGUAUUUAAAAUAUACAGGUAUUUAUGCAAAUAACUUGAAAAUAAAAACUUGGAAGGGGUGGAAUGGCAGGAUAUUUUCAAAUUAAAACUGAGAUCAGCAAAGUCUAGAAUGUCUAGUACCAAAAAUAACCGUUUUUCAGCAGGUUCCAUAUGUGAAGUGGUAACCUGUGCCUCUGAGUUAUUGCUUGCAAUGUCUGGCUGCAAGUUCAUUGCCGUGUUUAAUCUUUCUGUGUUUAUAAUUGUGCCUAUCCUGAUG